UUGACUCCGACCAACGGCCCUGUCUCGGGUAAUUCGUUCACGGAGGCUCUCCGAGUCACUACAAUUCCUCCAACACAGCCAGUACACAGUCCAUUUCGCGACGCCCAAGAUGAUCUCCUCUCAGCUCUGGGGAAAGCACUCCCCUACGCACCGCUCGAGGACGUCUUAUCCACCUGCAUCGACCUCUACAUGCAGUGGGAGUUCCCUACAGGGCCGGUUAUCUGCGAGCCAAUGCUCCGGCAGGCAGUCCCCGUCGUCGUUCCAAUUCUCCGAGGCGAGACCUCGAUUCCCAGCAUCUCGGUCACCGGUCACUCCACCUCGGACGUGUCCACGUUGCGCGUUUUCGCACUACUGACGGGCAUCUGCGCGUUCGUCUCGUCGAGUCUGCCCACCGCCGUCUUCUCCACCGGAAGUGCCCUGGCAUGGCCUUUUCUGAGGACAUCACGCGAGGCUCUGCGCCUGUAUCAAGAUUACGACGUUGAGCACCCCGAGAGCAGCUCGAUCAUUAUUCGCUAUUUUCACUCCAAUGCUCUCCAUGCGCUCGGCAAGACACGGGUGUCGUGGCAUGUCAUGGGCGAGGCUCUCCGUCUGGUUCAAGAGAUGCGGCUCUACGAUGAGUCGAGUUUUCAAGGUCUUGAGUGGCCCGAAGCACAUCUCCGGAGAAAUGCAUUCUGGCAUCUGUACAUUGGCGACAAGUCUGCGUCGAUUUUGCAGAAAGUUCCGAUUUCGCUUCAUCAGAUGUGCUUGGACACGCCGAUUGAUACUGUGUUCGAUGAGAAUCUGGUCUGCAACCUCAUGAGCUCGAAUUCGAACAUCGACGGGUUCGAGACUCAGCUACGCGUGGGCUUUUAUCUGUGCUUUCGGCUGUGGUACACAGCCUCGGAGAUGCUAAUAGACCUGAAUCUGCUCUCGCGGUUGCAAAACAGAGGCGGCACACUGACAACAGCUCCGGCGACAGACACUUCGAGUUUGAGGACGAGCAUCAUGCAAUCGUAUUUCGAUUUUAUGAGUAUCCUCCAAAACUGUCCUACGUGGAUCAAAGAUCCUUCCUCCGCCGGCGGGGACAACCAAGCCGAUCCCACGGCGCAAUUUCGUAUUCGCUCAUUUGCUACUCAGAGAGCCAACCUCUUUGUCACAUUUCAUGCGUUGCGUCUUGUUCUUCUCUCUAGAUUUACGGAUCGAGGCUUUGCGGAUCUUCUUGGACUGACAAAUGACCCGAUCAUGCUGUCGCUGCGCAAGGUCGAGAUUGCGAGUGAUUUGGUGGCAAUCGUGACCGAAUUACCUUUUGAAGCCCUCCUGGCUAACGGAGAACCAUGUGUUGAGAAACUCCGACAGGUCGGCGUUGCCUUGCUUGAGAUCAUGCACAAUGUGGGCAACGAGGCAAUUUCCAACCGAGCAAAGUCCCUUUUCAGCACCCUUUUGGAUAUUCUCGCCCGACUUAACUCGAGAGUUUCUGACGAACUUAGCAGCGAUCGCUAG